AUGAGCAUGUUAAACCGCUUGUCAAGCGUCGUCCACACAGCUGUGUCCGGUGCGGCAUCUGCCGCCGUCUCGGGUGCGCAGAAUUUGCAUGGAAUGCUAAGUGAAGAGUAUCUAAAGUAUUACGAGACACCAAAAGACUGUACAGCGUCUGGGGGCCACGAAUUAUCCUGGAAAAUCUUUCCUGCUAUCCACCGCAAGACUAACAAUGAAUACAGUGUAUUUAUUUUUGAUAAGGAAGAAUUAAAAAGGUUUAAGAGCAAGGAAGCACAAGAUCGUGUCUUAGAAAUACUUCGUCAUGAGAUGAAGACACUGCGUGUAUUACGGCAUCCACACGUGCUUAAAGUUGAAGAGGUUUUUGAGGAAAGCCGCCGCUCAUUGUGUUUUGUCACAGAACGUGUCACGUGCUCACUUGCCAACGCCUGUAAAAACUUCACUAAUAUCGUCAACGUCACGCCUGAGGUGUUUGAAAUUGGUCUUACCGAGUUUGAACUUGCCUGUGGCCUCAUGCACGUGGGAGAAGCGCUCAGCUUCUUGCAUCGCGAAGGACGUCGCGUGCAUCUUAGUCUGGGACCACACAGCAUCUUUAUUACACCUAAGGGUGAAUGGAAACUUGGCGGGAUGGGGUUUUGCCGUAUUGUCGAGCCAGGUCAGACUUCGCGCAGUGAGUAUUAUAGCUUUGACGCCUCGACUGGAGUAAGAAAUCCAGUCACAGGGGCCAUAGAAGGAAGUUGGGAACCUCCGCUUGAAUACUGCGCUCCUGAAUUGGUGACGGAACCGCGUCUGUUUGACAGCAAAGCGGAUAUGUUUUCGCUCGGUCUGCUUGUAUACGAACUAUUUGUACCACCUCGAGCUGAUGGAGGACGUAAUCCUGUGCUUGAUAUGCGUGACGGCAACAAGAUGACCUAUAGCUAUAAGGUGCAGUCUCUACAUCCAAUCUCGUUUCUGUCUUCAGUGCCGACUGCGUUGCAGAAUACGAUUCGCUCAUUGCUAUCGUUGGAACCACCGAAGCGUCCAGAGGCUCGUACGUUCUUAGCAUCGCCGUUUUUCGAUUCGGGUCCCAUUAAGAUGCUUCGUACGCUACAAAGUUUGGUAGAGCUGGAGCCAGCAGCACAGGCAAAGUUUUUGACAACGCUAGCUGAUGCUAUUGAUGGCUUUUCUCCGCGUGUACUUCGUGACAUGGUCCUCCCAGGGCUUCAAUCCGUCGUAAUCAACAAGGCUGUGGCUCCAUUCGUGAUCACACCGCUGCUUAAGAUUGUGGCUAAAGUGGACAAGCAAACGUUUUCGUACUCUAUUGCACCGAUGAUGGUUCCGUUGCUUGCGAUAGCGGAGCCCGUGCAAUGCAUGCUGAUGUUUGUGUCGGAGUUAGAGACGCUCAUCCCAAAGGCUGAGGAUGUCUACAUCCGGGACCACAUUGUGCCCAUGCUCUGCCGCGCGCUUGAUAGCACAGUACCUGAAAUUCUCGACACAGUGCUGAACAAAAUUGUGGACCAGGCUAGUUUAUUCGAGUACCGCAUCUUGAAACAGGUGAUUUUGCCGCGCGUGAACAAGCUCAUUUUAACUCCGCCCCAACCGUCUGUGCGAAUAAAUGCACUGCUCUGGCUGGCCAAGUCUUUCCACGUGUUUGACAAGGACCUGCUGAUUGAAGGUGUACUGCCUACCCUCCAAAAGACUCUUCAAGAGGAUAAGACACCCGCUGCAUGCAUGUGCAUUCUUGGAUGCUAUGAUAAUCUCGGGAAACAUUUAGGUCCAGAGUUUGUCGCAAAACUUAUUAUUCCUGCGGUGUCUCCGCUGUUAUGGGAGCAGACUUUGAAUAACUCGCAGUUUGAUAUGGUGUGCGAAAAGAUUCAAGACAUGCUCAAGGCGGUGAUUAGCGAGCGUGACAAGUCUUUCACAUCGCAAAGUUCUGUCAGUACCGUGACAACAGGCAUCACUGCUGCUUCGGGUAUGUCAGACGCUGUUCGUGCUGCAGAGGCCUCAAAGGAACGGGAGUCAGGUGUUGCUGCAGCUAAUAAGCUACUAUCUGAAGAGUAUGCUUUGAAGAAAAAGCAGUCGGAGCUUGAAGGCGGACAGAAUAGACCCGGACGAUACUCGGAUGAUCCGUUUUAUCUUGGCAAUCCGAGCUCAUCUUCUAGCAGCAAGACCCAGAGCACCAGAACAGAGCGGUGUGACUCAGGUAGCCACCGCAAGUCAGCAGCGGAGCGUGCGGAGUCAUUUUCUGCUCGACGGCGGGCAGGCAAAAAAGGCAAUGCACGGUCCUCCCGCCGGGCUAGCAAUAAAGAAGAUGGAGACGCUGAUUUGCUUGGAUUGGAACCGAGUACCACUAAGUCGUUAAGCACGUCCAACGGCCUCCUUGACACAAGCGACUUGCUGACUGCUUUGCCUGCUGCGAGUGUUCCUUCCUUAAGCUCAAAUAGUGGCAAUGGCAGCGCGUUUAGUGGCACCAGUUUGAACAUGAGCGUUGGUACUACUCAGCCAGGAAAACCAACAUACUCAAGUCAAAGUACCAUGGGGAUGCAGACCAGCGCAAUGGGGCAGCAGCAGGGCAUGGUGCUCUACGGUCAAAAUAUGGGUAACGCGAUGAUGAUUCAGCAGCAGCAGUACAAUUCAGGCAACAUGCAGAUGAUUCCUUACGGAAUGAAGCAGCAAGCAUCGCUCGGCAGUGGAGUCUAUGGCCAAAAUAAUGUGGGUCUCGCAGGUCCUGGACAGAUGUUGCAAAUCCAAGCGUCAAGUCACGAUCAGUAUGCGCUUCAGCAACAGCAAAGCGGGGACAAGUUCAGCGCCUUCGACGGGUUGUAG